UGUUAUUUCUACAAUCACAUUGUCCUGCCUUGCAGGGGUGUUGUGAGGAUUGCUGAGAUAAUCUGUGUGAAGUCCUUUGAGUAGUGGGGCUGCAAAUGCUCUGAAGGGUUUAACAGAAGAAUCGCUUUCAACAUCGGGUCUUUGCAAGAUACCACAGACUCCAGAAACAUUUGGCACCGCCGUGUAGUUCUCCCCUGAGCGAAGAGACGCGGCUUGCGACUCAGCUUCUGGGGAAAGGGGGAAAGUCACGUACCGAGCAGCUGGGGUUGGAGCUCUUGUCCCAGGCGCGCAGGCAGACCGGCGGGAAAGAAGGCUUGGGUUCUUUCCUUUCACAAGAAAGUACGAUGUCGAUGAUGCCGACUGGAAGGGCAACCUCGACGCGGUAGACUCACUCGGAGUUUCUCAGCCUCAGCCGCAGAGGGACAGAACAAGCUUUGCCCCAGAACAGGCUUCCCGGUUCGUGCAAGACCAGGCGAGAUCACGGAAGCCAUCGCCUGCUACGCAGGAGCGGUGUCUUCAUCUUAACUCAGCAGAAGGGCGGUCUGAGGAACGGGGACUCAGCUCAGCGUCAAGGAAGACCCUGUUGCGUUGGACGGACGUGGGUUUUUGUUGGAGCUUGUGGCUUUUCUCCUGAGCAAGUGAGGGUAAGACUUCAGCCCGCUAUUGGGGCUGGUAUAACCCAGCAGGUUAUCUAAGAUCUGUUUGCCCCUGCCGGUUGGGCUGUCCUGCUAAAGUUACCAAACUCCAUGACCCUUUGGCUUCUCCAUGCAACCGGUCUUCAGGUAGUAUGCUGGAAAACCGAGACACAGAUAAGAAACGGCCAAGCCUAUUUGCAAGACGAUCACUGUGACUUCUUUGAUGGUUGAGCCUUGGGGGUGGCUGUUACAUGAGAUGCUGGGAAGAAACAUCUUGAGCUAUUUUCCGAUACAGAAUGUGGUUUUCUUUAUCUGGGGCGUAUAGGAGAACUAAUUCUCACCACAAAAAACGUGAUUUGUGUACACUUAUGAGCACCAAAGAAGAAAUUUUACACAGGAAAAUGUACGGGGAAUUAUUAAAUUCAACUAAUGCGACAGAUCCUCCUCACCUAAUCAUUCAGACCAACAUUCUUUAUAUCGGGAGCACCCAGAGACCAGUCAGCUCUUCUGCUUUUUAUAUGUCCACAGCAAGGGUAUUAAAAGAAGGUGAGAUAAACAAGCCAGACUUGGUGACUUACAUUGUUCUGUUUUUCUUCUUGCUCUUGGGUGUGACGAUCAUUGUACUUUUUAUUAACUGCCAACUGAAAAAUUCUUUUUUUGCCACACUACCUUAUGACAGAUCAUUGCGAGAAGCUAGAAGCCCUUGGAAGACACAGGCUGUUUGAUCCUCAGCACUAGAAAGGAAAUGCCUGGUGCAUGCUUUGGUAUUGUGAACACUCAUACUUGUAUAAUAAUGCUAUUUCUCUUUGUUACUGGUUGGAGUCAACCGUGUAUAAAUAACAUGCUCUCCCCUAAAUACCAAUAGAGGAUUCUCUGAAAUAUUAGAAAGAUAUAUUGGACAAGAAAUGUUCGCAGCAUAGCUACAAAUAAAAAGACUCCAUAUGGAUUUACAUGAAUAAAACAUCCCAAUUCACUAAUGUGUGGCUAAGAGCAUAUACGUACUAUCUUAUUUCAGACUGCUCUUUAAAAGCAUGGGAGCAGAUUUUCUAGACAAAAUCCCACUGCUGUAUAAUGAUGCUUGUGUUGACAAA